AUGGAGAUGGCGGAAGCCCAUCACCAAAAGCUUCAACACCCAGAAGUAAUUCAAGAGGGACUUUAUCAAAAGACGGCACUCCAAAAGGUCGAAAAGACAGUAUCAGUGCUCUGGCUACAAAAACCAGAAAGGAGAGUGGCAGUUCUCAUGCUUCAACCGAUACCCCUAGCAUUAAGUCUGAAAAAGAUUAUGAUCGGAGAAGGGACUCAAGGGACUCGAAUGCAUCCGGGCCCCGUGAUAGUUCCACUAGUAGAAAAUCACUAUCCCAAAGAGAUAAAUCAACUAAAUCUAAAGUUACCUCAGUUGCCUUGGUUCUCGCCGCGGCCGUCGUCGCGCCAAUACAUCGACCCCACCCGCAACAACGCCAGCAAAAAGACGGAGGACAUGACACAAACACACACAUUCGUAUCUGCAUUUCUUCUGACACACACAGCCGCGCCCAGGGUGGGACCACAGGGCCAAGGGAAAAAGGGGGGAAACAAGAUAUCACCCAGUCAACCGUUUUUUCUCGUGAAGUGC